GGGUAUAGCAAACAAGAUUUUAAAACCUAGUGGCAACUAAACCCCAGUUCUUGUUCCUUCUAGGAUUAAACAAGCUGAACCAGAUUGAGAGUGAACUAGCCAUAACUCCCUCUACAACUCCCAAAAGAAGAUCACAUCUCUCCUCAGUUCCGAUUGGGUGAGAGAUAUAGAGAUAAAGAGAUACAUGAUGGCCAAUCGCGGAGGAGAUCAGGAUCUGAAACUGACGGAGGAGAUCAGCAAAACCCUAAAAGAAGGCGAGAGAAUUCUGGCGCCAACCCGGAGACCCGACGGCACGCUCCGAAAACCCAUCCGCAUUCGGGCCGGGUAUGUCCCCCAGGAGGAAGUCGCCCUCUACCAAUCCAAAGGUGCCUUGUGGAAGAAGGAGAUGUCCUCACAGGCAGGUCCUCCGGGUUUUGAUGAUACUAGUCCGGUCGUCGCCGAUGCCAAGCCCAAGACCAAGUCUGUAAAGAGGAAUGAGAGGAAGAAGGAGAAGCGGCUGCAGGCUGCUCUUGAGAAGGAGAAAACCUCAGAAGAAGGGGAAACUGGAAAUACUAACGAAGAAGAGCUACCUGCUCAAGAUGUUAAUUAUGCAUCAGCAUCAGUCCAGUCAUUGACAUCUCAGAUGAACGACCUUGGCGUUUCUUCUAAUUCUGCUUUAGUUACCCCUUCCUCUGACUCGACGGAGGAUUCAAAUCCUAGUGCUCCAGUUCAAGAUAUUGAUAAAAAAAUCCGAGCUCUUAAAAAGAAGAUUCGACUUGCAGAAGCUCAACAACAGAAAGCUCAUCUGCAAGAUGGUAAGCCAGAGCAGUUGGAGAAGUUAACGAAACUGGAAGGAUGGCGUCAAGAGCUAAAGCUCUUGGAGGAAAAAAAAGAUAGCUGAUUCAUGAAUGAUGGUUUGUGCUAGUCUCAAGGACCCAUGUUGUUUCCAUUUAUGUUCUUGUGAGGAAUGCACAAAUGCCUAAUUGUUGAAAGAACUUCAUCUAUUAAUAUCUUCUUCUAAUCAGCUUACAUUAUGUGCUUUAUAUGACCUGAUCCACGCCUUAUGUGUUGUUGUAUCAUCUUUUUUCAUCGUUAGUACCUUCAUA